GCCGGCGAAGUCAGAGGCAGAGAGGAGCCAUGAGAGAAAAAGUGAAAUAUGGAAUCAUAGGGGUUGGAAUGAUGGGAAGGGAACAUCUUUUGAACUUGGCCCAUCUCCAAUCUCAAGGUGUCUCCGUCGUCUGUAUUGCUGACCCUCACCUUCCCUCUCAGCAACUUGCCCUCAACUUGGCCCAAUCCUUCAACUGGUCACCCAAGGUGUUCUCAGGACACCAGGAACUACUGGACAGUGGGCUCUGUGAUGUAGUAAUUGUCUCAACUCCAAACAUGACCCACUAUCAGAUCCUCAUGGAUAUCAUCAACCAUCCAAAACCCCACCAUGUUCUUGUGGAGAAGCCCCUGUGUACUACCGUCAAGGACUGCAAGAAGGUCAUAGAUGCUGCUAGAAUGAGGCCAGAGAUACUGGUUCAAGUAGGCUUGGAGUACAGGUACAUGCCUCCUGUUGCAAAGCUGAUAGAGUUAGUUAAGGGUGGAGCAGUUGGAGAAGUGAAAAUGGUGGCAAUUCGCGAGCAUCGGUUUCCUUUCUUGGUUAAGGUGAACAAUUGGAACCGGUUCAAUUCGAACAGUGGAGGGACUCUUGUGGAGAAGUGCUGUCACUUCUUUGAUCUAAUGAGGCUGUUUGUAGGUGCAAACCCAGUUCGGGUGAUGGCUUCUGGAGCCAUAGAUGUUAAUCACAAGGAUGAAAUUUAUGAUGGAAAGGUACCCGACAUCAUUGAUAAUGCAUUUGUUAUCAUAGAAUUUGAUAAUGGUUCUCGAGGCAUGCUUGAUCUUUGCAUGUUUGCUGAAGGGAGUAAAAAUGAGCAAGAAAUAUCUGUUGUUGGUGAUAUUGGGAAGGGUGAGGCAUUUGUCCCUGAGAAUGUCGUGCGUGUGGGCACUCGAACAGAAGGAAGAAUUGGAGUCCAAACUAUAAAAGCUGAGGAUAAACGGAUAAAAUAUGAGGGAUUGCAUCAUGGCUCAAGUUAUUUGGAACAUGUCAACUUCCUGUCUGCCGUUAGAGAUCAAGGCGUCCGAGAACCUGCAGUAGGUUUGGAAGAUGGAUUGCUCUCAGUUGCCAUGGGAGUUGCAGGCCAGCUUUCAAUAGAGCUUGGCCGUUUCGUGACUACUGAAGAAGUUAUGAAUGAUAAGAAAUUUUAUGGUCUCCUAUUGAAUAAUGGGAGAGGGUUUUCUGAUAAAGCGGCAUAAGGGAGCACACCAAUAA